AUGUUGCUGCUGCAUGCUGGUGCCUCCAGGGACAAGUUGCCCAUGGCAACCUACAAGCAGAUCCUGGAUGUGCUCGGCCGUGACUUCCGAGAGCAGUUUCUGCAAGGCUCCAAGAUCGAGGCUGCCGCGUACUUCCGGUUCCGAGAUAUGGGCUUUUCACUUGAGGACUGGGCAGAGCUUUCUGCAGAUCAGCGGAAGCAGCUGGUUCCCGAGGAUCCCGGGGCAUACCUGGCAGACCACGCAGAGUGGCAGGUUCUGGUUGUUGCCAUGGAGUGGGACCUUGAUGAACCUGCCGAGCCGCUUACCGAUCGCAUCGCUGCGAUGGAUGAUGAGAUGAAGGCCUUGCUGCUGCUCCUUUGCCGUGUGAUGCCAGAGAUGUUCGAAGGGCUGCGUCUGGAUCUGAAAGCACUGAAGACGGAGCAGGGUCAAGCAGAGCCAGCCAAGCGGGAAAUCAAAGAGGAGGCUCCGGCUCCCUCAUCGCACUUCGGCCCCCUGGUGCUUGCUUCGAGUGCCGCGAAGCGCCUAGCCAAUGCGCCGCCAGCGAGCGAUGCUGGGGAGGAGGAUGAAGGCAGCCCUGCGGUCGCACGGUCCAGGCGGAAGCGUGCCAAGAAGGUUGACCAUGCGUCCUCUGGGUUGAGCAUGCUGACCCAGGCUGGCCUGACAUACAACAAGGACUUCCAGGUGCAGCAUGCUCGGCUGAAGCUUCCGAUAGCUCAGGGCCACUGGAAAAAGUUCUGCCAGCAGGUCGCAAAGAACGGCAUCUUGACAUGUGCUGCCUGUGUGUUACUACGCGACCGAGUUCAAGAGCAAGGCCAGGGUACUUCGGUUCUACUUGAUGAUGAUCACGAUGACGAGAUGCUGGUUCAUGCCGAGCCGGUGGAGCAGCCUCAGCAAGCUCAGGUGGUCAAGGAUAAGCGUGGCCGUCCCAGUUCCAAGUCCGAUGCACCCUCGAAGCCUCGCCUGCACGACUCUAUCCUCAAGCACCGUCCAGGGAUUUACGAGCUGAAGGUGGGCGCACGAUACAGCUGCUUGGCUUGUGGCUGUGAGGUCAACUUGCAGCGAGCAAGUACCUCGGGGUGGGACUUCUUGGUCAAGCACGAGAGCUCUGCCAAACACAUCAGCGGCCUCCAACGCAUGGGUGCUGUCCGCGAUGCCGAGGAGGAUGAGGAAGAGCUGCAGCCGCUGCAGGACACAGGCUGUCCCGGGCAUUUGCUGGGAGCAGCGGGCUGCAUGCUCGAGCCUAUGGAGGCCAGCAUCCGUGCUUGGAUAUCGUCGGGGAUGCUGCAGAUCAAGGGUGGGAACCUAAGCAAGCUGGUGGUGCAACCGAUGGAGGAGAGAUUCUUGAUCCGCCACGUGCAUUGCUCUGGCAAAUCCAGCUCUUCGCUUUGUGUUUCCUGCCAGCUCCUGCCCAAGAGAAAGCCGUUUCUUGAGGACAUCGCCCAUUGGGCCCUGAGGCUGGAUCAGGCGAGCCUGGCAUAUCGCUCAGUCUACAGGCCUGACGAAGUGCAACAGCUGCUAUCCGAUAUGAAGGGGAAGGACUACUACAAGUACUGCAAGCAGGAAGUCGAGAACUGCCAGCUAGCCUUCACCAACGGCGGGUGCGAUGCUUUGAUGCAUCUGUGUUGUCGCGCUUUCUACUGCAUCAACCACCGUAUCCGGACCCCGCAGCUGGAAAGCUUCAUCGCCUCGCAUCUAAGCGGUCUGUCGAUGCCGGCAGACUCUGAGACUGCAGCCUACAAGCAGCUAUGUCAGUGCCUUGACAAGCAGCUGGCGGCGGGGCAGAUGCAGGAAGAGGACUUGAAAUUGGCUGCAUUUGUCGGCAGUGGUGGCCUCAGCAAACACAAGGCUGUGUCGGCGCUUUUCCGCACUUUCGUGGAGGCCGAAGGCAAGAUAGCAAGGGGUGUGACACAGAGGCGAGGCUCGGCCAGGCUUUUCGAUGACGGGACCCGAUUGGAAGUCAUGCACAUGCUCGGCCGUACUUCUGCCAGCAAGGACGUCCUCAAGGCCUUCCACGUGAACCCCAAGAAGGCCGUCGGCCCUAUCGACCUGCAGGCGGAGUACCUCCCUUCCUUCUUCGUGAGUCACGUGGACGCGGCCAAGCAGCAGGAGAGUGCCUCCUUGAUCGCCGGCAUGCUGGGUGCCAAGCAGGGCCGCUCCCUUGUGCUCUCCAUAGAUGAGACCUGCUGGAAAGCCUCGUACGAGGCAGUGUCACGCCUGCGAGGCUCUGGAAUAUCCAUCAUCGGCGGCGGAUGGUCCAAAAGCAAGGACAUGGCGGUGCUGACCCGCGACGAUCCGCGGCCAGAGUCUUGUCUGGCCAAGAUGACGAUCAGUGUGCUGGUCACGAGGGCCGACUCCAACAAGCUCGCCAUGGACAUUGACAUGACCCCGGUCUUCCAAGGGAAGGAUCAAGGCAAGGGGGACAUGUUCUUGGAGAUCGUUGGGCAGGCCAUGAUGUCAUUGACCCGGGCAUGUUCCAACGUGCCGCCGUUGUCGGUGUCCUACGACAACGGCUCCUCGAAUGCCCUCCUGAACAACUGCCUGCUGGGUUUGCUUCAGCCUUCGGAUCUCGUCGGGGUAUGCUUCUUCUCAGGGUGCACCGUCACCAAGAUUGGGAAGAUUCCUCUCUUCCCAUUCGGCUACCUAACAUGGUCCUCGACAAAACGUCCGAAGCCGGGUGAUGAGCCCAAGUCCUUCGCCGUGACAGGAUUUCGGGAUGUUUAUCAUUGUCUCAAAAACUUUACAUUACAGCAUCUGAGCGCCUUACGGACGGUGUACCACGGGUCCUUUCCCGUGGAUUACCUCCCCAUGCUAUGGGGGGGACUGAGCUCCUCUGCUUUCUCCGCCAAAGACCCUCAAAGUGACAGAUGUUCUUUUAUGCGCAUGAGCCCGAUCUUGAUCAAGGACUGCGGAUGGGAGGCCGAUGGGGUCCGGUGCAUGAUCUUCCUGGGAGCCAUCAUGAGCUCAGCCAUUUUGGCCGGCCAAUCCCCAGCGGUGUCCUUUGCAAACGCUUGCUGCGCAUAUUGUUUACUCUGCCUCCAUGCCAGCGAGAACGCAAGGAGAUUUGGCAGCCGGCACCAGGAGUUCAGCCUCCCACACCAGACCUUGCGACACCUCCUUCAAAUGCUCGCUCACACAAUGCUAGCCUGCCUCACCCACCAAAGUGGCACAGCGUGGGACCUCAAGUGCCGGCAGGAGCGGGUGUGUGAAAGUCAUUUCGCACGUAUCAAGCGCCCAUUCCAGGGCGUACCUGCCAUUCGCGAUGCCCUCUAUGGAAGUUUCCUGGAGCAUUUGAAGGUGUACCAAAGCUCCAUGAGUGCCACAUGGGCCACCCCAAAGCCAGUGAAGGGCAUCAGCAUGGACGAAGCUGCGGAUCUGGCGCAACGUGCGAUGCAGGAUGCGGUGUUUUGGAUGAGCUACCUGAGCAAAUCCAGAGCUGCGAAGGUCGUGCGGGCCGACCUAAACCACUGGUGGGAAACACGGGGCAGGCAGCUGGUCGCCGGCAACGCCUCGGAGCCGGAGGCUGACGACGACGAAGGUUUCCUCGACAACUGGGCUGAGCAGCUGGAGGCGGAGGCGGAGGAGGAGGUUGACCAGCAGGAAGCAGAUGCAGCCGAUCUUCUGCAGGCCUGCGAUGCUCACAUGGACGUGAAAGAAAAGAUCGGCGAGCUGCAGUCAGAGAUCGCCGCUGCAGCUGAGGGUGGAAAACCGUGCGAGGGCGAGAGCCUGGUGGUCUCCACGGCGGACACCGUCUCCUUCGAGGACUUGUGCGUGGCCGACCUCUUCAUGAAGAUCCGGGGUCUCCCAGCCUUGCAAGCGGAGCUGUGUGAGGACAACCUCGUGGCCAACCUUCAACAGCGGAUGGAGGAAGCUCGUCCCUUGCUGGACUCUUGGUGCAAGCGAGUCCGUCUUCAGGAGAAGGAGCUCAGCCCGGCUACAGUUGAGCAACGAGUCGUUCGUGGAGACAACGAGUGGAACCGCGUGCAGCACGAGCUUGCCUUAGCCAGGCAGGCGUCCCUGCUGUCCAGUGGCCAGCGAACGAGCCGCCUCGCAGUGUGGGCUGAGAAGCAGGAGGUCAUCGCGAACAAGCUCGAUGGAGAACAGCGCACGGGAGUGGCGCCGGUUCGGUACUUGGGGGCCCAGGACGGCAAGCGACAGGUGGUGCUCUACUUGCACGACGGGGCCCUGCAUCAUGGGCUUCUGCUGACAGUGUGGCGAGGUGCUGUCUUGAAGGAUGGCACACGGCGGCUCCGAACCCGUCGCCCGGCGGCGGCACUGCUGCCUCUGGCGCACUGCGGCCAAGUGCGGCUGCUGCAGCUAGUGCAGGCGACGCCCAGCUCAUGGGUGGCGACCUGUCUCUGCCCCUGCGACAUCGUGGAUCCGCUGAACAUCGUGGCAAUGUUCAACCCUGACGAGGUCGCCGAGGGCCCCAACCGAUGCAUUCUUCGAUACUCCGACGAGUCCAUGAAGAGCUUGAAGAAGUUCGUGGCCGAGGAGAGUUGGAAAAAGGGCGUGGAGUCGACGAGCCAGAUGGCUCCCUUGCCGGCCGCGGCGGUCGAGGGAUGGAACCAUCGCCAGUUUACGCCCGCUUUGGCAGUGAAGAAUGUCAACUUGUUCUUGACGAGGCUUCCGCUGAUGUACAGUCAGGCGUCGACGCCCCUGGUCGAUCAAGACGGCUUGUUCGCCAUCGGUGCAAAGCGAAAGAUCAAGUGGACAGAGGUGGUAUGCCGAGCGAUUAUGUAUUUCGACACAAAGCUCACAGGGCAGAGCCCAUCCGUGUACAGCCUGAGCGUUUUUUCUGCCUUGGCAGAGCUGCACCCAAGCAGACCAAAUGGGUUGACUUCUGUGAAGAAGUUUGUACAGAAUGUCGACACGAUAGCUGCGCCCUGGAUCCCCCUCUCGUGA